CAGACUUCCGGUUCCCGGCAGCUCCUGCGGCCGCUGUAGGUGAGCUAGUAGGUAUGGCUUUUUCGGUGCCGGCGGCCUACCUGACCCACCAGCAGAAGGUGUUGCGGCUUUAUAAGCGGGCGCUGCGUCACCUCGAGUCGUGGUGUGUCCACAGGCACAAGUACCGGUACUUUGCUUGUCUGCUGAGAGCCCGUUUUGAAGAGCAUAAGGAUGAGAAGGACAUGAUAAAAGCCACCCGGCUUCUGAGGGAGGGAGAAGAGGAGUUCUGGCGCUGUCAGCACCCGCAGCCCUAUAUCUUCCCUGACUCGCCCGGGGGUACCUCCUAUGAGAGGUACGAGUGCUACAAGGUUCCAGAUUGGUGCUUAGAUUACUGGCACCCUUCUGAGAAGGCCAUGUAUCCUGAUUACUUUGCCAAGAGAGAGCAGUGGAAGAAACUGCGGAUGGAAAGCUGGGAGCGAGAGGUUAAGCAGCUGCAGGAAGAAACCCCACCUGAUGGUCCCAAGACUGAAGCUCUGCCUCCUGCCAGGAAGGAAGGCAAUCUGCCCCCAUUGUGGUGGCAUAUUGUGACUAGACCCCGGGAAAGGCCCAUGUAGAGUGAUGCAGGAACCUUGCGUUUAUGUUUGCAAGUGAAACACACUUGCCCUAAUAAAAUCACCGUGGUCUGCUGUGA